UUGUGUAGACUGAGGUCUCCAAGUUAAUGAAGAUCAUCAUUAACUCUCUGUACAAAAACCGUGACAUCUUCUUGAGAGAACUUAUCUCCAACGCAUCAGAUGCCCUUGACAAGAUUCGGUUCUUGUCAUUGACUGAUAGUGAUUCCAUGAGCUCUAAUAGCAACCUCAACAUUUCUAUCGCUGCUGAUCCAGUUGCUCGCACCCUCACCAUCACCGAUUCUGGUGUUGGUAUGACUCGUCAACAGCUGAAAGACAAUCUCGGUACCAUUGCCAAGUCAGGAACUUCCGAGUUCCUCUCCAAGAUGGAAGAUUCCAAGAAGGAUGACGUUUCUUUGAUUGGUCAGUUUGGUGUUGGCUUUUACUCUGUGUUCCUGGUAGCAGAUCGCGUCACAGUUGCUUCCAAGUCCAAUGAUGACCCUGUUCAACAUGUCUGGGUCUCCGAUGCUGUCAAUGAUUUCACUAUUGCUGAAGAUCCUCGUGGAAACACCCUUGGACGUGGCUCUCAAAUCACGUUGUACCUCAAGGAAGAUGCUGCCGAGUUUUUGGAGCCUUCCAACGUUGAGAAUCUGAUUUCUCGUUACUCUGAAUUCAUCAACUUCCCCAUCUUCUUGUGGAAGAGUCACAAUGAGACCAUUGUCCCUGAUAAGAAUGACAAGGUUGACUUGGAGGAUGACAUUGAAGAGGAAGAGAUCAACGCAGAACAGAAGGACGAACCUGAAGAGAUCACUGAGCAAGUUUGGGAAUGGAACCAAAUCAACACCCAAAAGCCUAUUUGGACCCGCAGCCCCAAGGAUAUCUCGGAGGAGGAAUACAUUGAAUUCUACAAGUCCUUCAGCAAGAACGACAAUGCUCAACCCAUUACCUGGUCUCACUUCAAGGGUGAAGGCGAUGUCGAUUUCCGCUCUAUCAUCUACGUUCCUCCGGAACCCGAAGCAAACUUUUAUCAAAGUCUUGCCACAGAUACCAGCAAUGUCAAGUUGUUUAUCAAGCGAGUGUUCAUUACUGAUGAGGUUGCCGGCGACUUCUUCCCUAAAUGGCUCUCUUUCCUUAAGGCAAUUGUCGAUGCAGAAGAUCUCCCAUUGAAUGUUUCUCGUGAGACUCUUCAACAACACAAAACUCUCAAGAUGAUCUCUAAACGUUUAAUCAAAAAGGCAUUGGACAUGUUCGCUCAACUUGCUAAGACUGACGAGAAGAAGUAUACUCAGUUUAUCCGACAUUAUGGAUCAGCUCUCAAGUAUGGUGGUAUUGAAUCCAGCACCCACCGUAAGAAGAUCGGCACCCUUCUCCGUUACCAAUCCUCACAGUACCCUACAGAGCCAGUGGUUGGAUUUGAUGCCUACAUUGAGAGAAUGAAGCCCGACCAAAAGAACAUCUUCUAUGCAUCUGGAAUGACUGUGGAAGAGAUCGAACAAUCUCCAUUCUUGGAGCGUCUUGUUGCCGACGGCUAUGAAGUGCUUUACUUUACUGAUCCCAUUGAUGAAAUGUUAAUGCAAAACAUGCCUGGAUAUGAUGGAAAGAUGUUCUCCAACAUUGCUAAGGGCGAUAUCAAGAUUGGAGAAGAAACGGACGAUUCUAAAGCAGAACAAAAGGCUUUGGAAGAAUCUUACCGUCCACUCCAGCACUAUCUUAAAAAUAUCCUUUCAGAGUACAUCGACAAGGUUACCAUUUCUAAGCGUUUGGCUACGUCGCCUAUGGCCAUUGUCACUCCCGAAUUUGGAUUGACCGGUCAUAUGGAGAAGCUCUUGGCCGCUCAGGGUUUCAAUGCUGCUCAAAAGGAAGAUGCUCUUUACAAGUUCAUGGCGUCACAAAAGAAGAGCUUGGAAAUCAAUCCUAACCACCCUAUCAUCCAGUCAUUGUUAGAAAAGAUUGAAGAUGGAGAAGCUGAUGAGGACAUUACACAGCUGGUUACUGUUUUGUACGAAACCACAGCCAUUCGCAGCGGUUUCGCACUUAAGGAUAUGCGUGGAUUUACCCAACGUAUUGAAGAAGUCGUUGGUAAAGGUGUUGGCGCUGAAGUAGCCAAGGCUCCCAAGCUCAGACAAGAGAUCCCUGCUGUUCCCGAGGAACUAUUUGUUGGACACGAUGAGCUAUAGACGGCGAAAGAAAUUAAACCAAAAAACAUAGUCAUUGGGAAGUGUUGUAAAGUAAACCCCCCUCCCAGCCAUAAAUACAAAAAACACCAUAAUAAACGGGAAAAAACAACUAUCACUUGGGAUCAAUGAAUGGAUAGCAGCAGUAAUCGCUAUUCCUGGGUUCGUCG